AUGGACGAUUUUAUCGGAGGAGCGAAUACGGUACAGGAAGCUAUCAAGCUCCGAGAAGAGUUGUCUGAAUUAUUAACCAAAGGAGGAUUCAUCUUGAGGAAAUGGACUUCGAAUCGGUUAGAAGUUUUGCAGGGGCUGAGGAACGAUCAAAUCGGCACACAAUCCAGUGUCCAAUUCAUCCCAGACGAGUCUGUGAAAACGCUGGGGAUCUGGUGGGAGCCAGAGUCCGAUCAACUUCGGUUUGAUUCUCCAAUACUACAACGUUAUGAAGCUCCUACGAAACGAUCCAUCCUGUCUGACAUCGCUAGGCUUUUUGAUCGGCUCGGCCAGAUUGCACCUGUCGUCGUCACAGCGAAAAUCAUGAUGCAGGAAUUAUGGGCACUAUCCUGCGACUGGGACGAACCAGUACCUCACUCCAUCCAGCUGAAAUGGGAAAACUUUCGACGAGAGCUACCAAAGAUUGCAACCUAUCGAAUCGACCGGUACGCGUUUCUACCCGAGGCCACCGUAGAGCUACAUACGUUCGCUGAUGCUUCCACUUCUGCAUACGGAGCCUGUACGUACGUUCGAUGUGAAAAUGCUCUGGGUAUCGUUAAAGUCCGGCUACUAGCUUCGAAAAGCAAGGUGGCUCCACUAAAAAAGCUCACCAUCACUCGUCUAGAGCUUUGCGCUUGCGUAUUGGCAGCUCACCUGUAUCAUCGCGUAAAGGAAUCAAUAAACAUUUGUGUCUCGGCUUCAUAUUUCUGGUCUGAUUCUGCAGUUUGCUUGUACUGGCUGCGCGCACCACCCAGUUCCUGGAAAACUUUCGUUGCGAACAGGAUGUCAGAAGUACAACACCACACAUAUGGUGGGAAAUGGAAACAUAUAUCCGGAUCGGAGAAUCCUGCAGAUCUCGUUUCACGUGGGAUGUCAGUCGAAGAAUUCGUAAAUAGUGAAGCCUGGAAGUAUGGUCCAUCCUGGUUGGUUCAACCGCAUCAGCUUUGGCCAAUUUGUCAUCUGCCUACAGUCCCCGAAGAAGUACUUGAGAAAAAAUGCGUAGUUGCAUCGGUUCAAACGACACCUGGCAUCAACCCAUGGUUUAUACGGUGGUCCUCCUAUAAUCGAUUACUCCACAUCAUCGGCUACUGCCUGCGGUUUUCGGAAAGAACUCGAUCGAAAACCAGAACCCAGCCACGUGCACCUCUUUCAGAUAACGACGUUGAUCGACAGUCACUCACUGUCAAAGAAAUUGCUAAUGCCAAUACCCUUCUAGUGCGCUUAGCUCAGCAGGACGCAUUCCGUAAUGAAAUCAAAGAGCUUGAGCGAGGAAAUUCUGUUGCCAAAAGUUCACCUAUCCGUCGUCUCAUGCCAUUUGUAGACCCAGAGAUAAUUUUGCGAGUUGAAGGUCGGCUUAACCUUUCUCAGUUUCCAUACCAAUCGAAACACCCUGCCCUCCUCCCAAAGAACCAUCCGUUCACUCGGCUUAUCGGUGAGAACUACCAUCGAAAGCUUGUCCACGGCGGCGGGCGUCUUAUUCUGUCAACGAUUCGCGAGGAAUAUUGGCCCUUGAAUGGUCGUCACUUGGUGAAAAGCAUCGUACGAAACUGCUUCCGCUGUUCACGCCAGCAUCCUGUUCCCGAGCAGCAACAAAUCGGUCAGCUGCCUAGUUCUAGAGUCAUCCCAAGUCGCCCAUUCUCACAUACGGGUGUGGACUAUGCAGGUCCACUCUACAUAAAACCCGUUCACAAGCGUGCAGCCCCUGCCAAGGCUUACCUUUGUGUAUUCAUAUGCUUCUCAACAAAAGCUGUCCACCUAGAGCUGGUUGGGGACCUGUCCACCCCAGGAUUCUUAGCUGCUUUGCGUCGGUUCAUUUCGAGACGGGGAACCCCGGCGCACAUAUAUUCCGACAACGGAAAAAACUUCGAAGGAGCCAAACGCGAACUGGCGGAAUUGUCCGCAAGAUUCAGGAGCGAAGUUGAGCAAAGCAAAAUCUCAUCUGCUUGUUCAGAGGAAGGAAUCGUGUGGCAUUUGACUCCCCCUAAAGCACCAAACUUCGGGGGCCUGUGGGAGGCGGCGGUGAAGACCGCCAAGAGACAUUUGUUUCGGCAAUUGGGUAGUACACGUCUUAGUUUCGAGGACUACUACACGAUUCUGCACCAAAUUGAAGCGGCCAUGAACUCACGUCCUCUGUUGCCGAUGUCCGAUGAUCCCAACAACCUUGCUGCAUUGACACCGGGGCACUUCCUUACCGGAUCAUCGCUUCAAGCCUUGCCCGACCCAGAUCUACUACACACUCCAGUGAACGCCCUCGACCAUCUCCAAAGACUGCAACAACACGUCCAGAAAUUUUGGUCACACUGGCGAUCAGAAUAUCUGCAGGAGCUGAUAAAGGAUACGAAACGUGCUGCUCGAAACGACGAGAUCCAACCAGGCCGCAUGGUAAUCCUGGUAGAUGAAAUGCUGUCAGCAAUCCGUUGGCCACUAGCCCGCAUCAUACAAAUACACCCUGGAAGCGACAAUUUGACACGCGUGGUAACUUUGCAUACAGCAAAAGGAAUCAUAACAAGGCCAAUCACGAAGAUCUGCCUGCUACCAGUUCCGGAAUCGACUCCCGAGGAUGAGCAAUUGGAUGUUCCAGCCAUCAAUCACCAUCCUGAGCAACAAGAAUAA